GGUUUUGGAUUUUGCACUGAAUGUAGUCUAGAUUCAUCUUCACGGGCGUGUGUUGCCCCAGGAUACUGUCAAAGGCAGUAUUUGUGUGUUUCUGCAGAGUUUUGCACAGAGUCUGUUCCCAUGCAAACCAAUGAGGGAGAAGUAUCGGAAGAAAGCGGUUCCAAGGUUCACAUGGAGGGAGGGAGUGGAAGAGACGCUUGUGGUCUGAGACGGAUUUCAGAGUUCAUAGACCUGGGUGUGCAGCAGUACAGACUGAUGGUGGAACAGGAGGAUUUUGUAAUGGAAGGGCAUGGCAAGACUCCACCUCCUGGUGAAGAAAGCAAACAAGAGAAGGAGCAAGAAAGGGAAGAACAGUUAAUGGAAGACAAGAAAAGGAAGAAAGAGGAUAAAAAGAAAAAAGAAGCCACUCAGAAGGUCACGGAACAAAAAACCAAAGUGCCCGAAGUGACGAAACCAAGUUUAAGCCAACCAACGGCCGCCAGCCCAAUUGGCAGCUCUCCAUCGCCACCAGUCAAUGGUGGCAACAAUGCCAAAAGGGUGGCAGUGCCGAACGGACAACCGCCAAGCGCCGCCCGCUACAUGCCUCGGGAGGUGCCUCCGCGAUUCCGUUGCCAGCAGGACCACAAAGUGUUACUAAAACGUGGGCAGCCCCCUCCACCAUCCUGCAUGCUCCUCGGGGGUGGGGCAGGGCCUCCUCCCUCCACAGCACCUGGAGCAAACCCAAACAACGCACAAGUGACGGGAACGCUGCUGCAGAGUGAGAGUGGGACUGUACCAGAGUCAACCCUUGGAGGUGCUGCUGCUUCAAAUUAUGCAAAUUCCACUUGGGGCCCGGGAGCCUCCUCCAACAACGGCACCUCCCCCAACCCAAUUCACAUCUGGGACAAGGUGAUUGUAGACGGGUCUGACAUGGAAGAGUGGCCUUGUAUUGCCAGCAAAGAUACUGAGUCUUCUUCCGAAAACACCACCGAUAACAACAGUGCCUCGAACCCUGGCUCUGAGAAGAGCACUCUGCCAGGAAGCACCACUAAUAACAAAGGAAAAGGGAGCCAGUGCCAGUCUGCAAGUUCUGGGAACGAAUGUAAUCUUGGGGUCUGGAAAUCUGACCCUAAGUCUAAAUCUAUUCAAUCUUCCAACUCUAUUGCAGAGAGCAACAAUGGACUAGGAAAUUGGAGGAAUGUGAGUGGUCAAGAUAGAAUUGGACCUGGCUCUGGCUUCAGCAACUUUAACCCAAAUAGCAACCCAUCUGCCUGGCCAGCACUGGUUCAAGAAGGAAAUUCUAGGAAAGGGGCAUUGGAAACAGAUACUAGUAAUUCCAGUGCACAGGUUAGCACAGUAGGUCAGGCAUCCAGGGAACAGCAGUCAAAGAUGGAAAAUGCGGGUGUUAAUUUUGUUGUCUCUGGCAGAGAACAGGCUCAAAUUCAUAACACUGAUGGACCAAAAAAUGGAAACACUAACUCCUUGAACUUAAGUUCACCAAACCCCAUGGAGAACAAGGGAAUGCCCUUUGGAAUGGGCUUGGGGAACGCCUCCAGGAGCACUGAUGCCCCUUCACAAAGCACUGGAGAUCGAAAGACUGGGAGUGUUGGAUCUUGGGGUGCAGCUAGGGGGCCUUCUGGAACUGACACAGCCUCUGGACAAAGCAAUUCUGGAAACAAUGGGAACAAUGGAAAAGAGAGAGAGGACUCCUGGAAAGGAGCUUCUGUUCAGAAGUCAACUGGGUCAAAAAAUGAUUCUUGGGACAAUAACAGGUCUACGGGUGGGUCCUGGAACUUUGGCCCUCAGGACUCUAAUGACAGCAAAUGGGGUGAAGGGAACAAAAUGACAUCUGGGGUCUCUCAGGGAGAAUGGAAACAGCCGACUGGGUCUGAUGAGUUGAAAAUUGGAGAAUGGAGUGGUCCAAACCAACCAAAUUCUAGCACUGGAGCAUGGGACAAUCAAAAGGGCCACCCCCUCCCUGAAAACCAAGGCAAUGCCCAGGCUCCCUGUUGGGGAAGAUCUUCCAGCUCCACAGGAAGUGAAGUUGGAGGUCAAAGCACUGGAAGCAACCACAAAGCAGGAAGUAGUGACAGUCAUAAUUCUGGCCGUCGCUCAUAUAGGCCCACACAUCCUGACUGUCAGGCUGUCUUGCAGACUCUUUUGAGCCGAACUGAUUUGGACCCCAGGGUGCUCUCAAACACCGGCUGGGGCCAAACUCAAAUUAAGCAGGACACGGUGUGGGAUAUUGAAGAGGUGCCAAGGCCUGAGGGGAAAUCUGACAAAGGAACUGAGGGGUGGGAGAGCGCUGCCACACAGACCAAGAACUCAGGGGGCUGGGGAGAUGCACCCAGCCAAAGCAAUCAAAUGAAGUCUGGAUGGGGGGAGCUCUCAGCCUCUACAGAGUGGAAAGACCCCAAGAACACAGGAGGCUGGAAUGACUAUAAGAACAACAACUCUUCCAAUUGGGGAGGGUGUCGACCAGAUGAAAAGGCAUCUUCCUCUUGGAAUGAGAAUUCCAGCAAGGAUCAGGGGUGGGGAGGUGGGCGCCAGCCCAAUCAAGGAUGGACUUGUGGAAAGAAUGGUUGGGGAGAGGAAAUUGAUCAAGCAAAAAACAGCAAUUGGGAAAGUUCUGCAAGUAAACCUGUGUCUGGGUGGGGCGAAGGAGGGCAGAAUGAAAUUGGAACUUGGGGGAAUGGUGGGAAUGCAAGCCUAGUUUCCAAAGGCGGGUGGGAAGAUUGCAAAAGAUCUCCAGCAUGGACUGAGACAGGCAGACAGCCCAAUUCCUGGAACAAACAGCACCAACAGCAGCCACAGCAGCCACCGCCACCACAACCAGAGGCUUCUGGUUCAUGGGGAGGCCCACCCCCACCACCUCCAGGCAAUGGACGACCUUCCAAUUGCAACUGGAGCAGCGGGCCACAGCCAGUAACCCCUAAGGAUGAGGAACCCAGUGGUUGGGAAGAGCCAUCCCCACAGUCAAUUAGUAGAAAAAUGGACAUUGAUGAUGGCACUUCAGCAUGGGGAGACCCCAACAGCUAUAACUACAAGAAUGUGAAUCUGUGGGAUAAGAAUGCCCAAGGGGGCCCAGCACCUCGAGAACCAAAUCUGCCUACCCCAAUGACCGGUAAAUCAGCAUCAGUCUGGAGCAAAAGCACACCACCUGCUCCAGAUAAUGGUACUUCAGCUUGGGGUGAGCCAAAUGAAAGCAGUCCUGUGUGGGGCGAAAUGGAUGACACAGGAGCAUCGACCACAGGCUGGGGGAAUGCACCUUCCAACGCUCCAAAUGCCAUGAAACCUAAUUCCAAAUCUAUGCAAGACGGCUGGGGGGAGAGUGACGGGCCAGUGACAGGAACUCGCCAUUCCAGCUGGGAAGAGGAGGAGGAUGGAGGAGUCUGGAACACUGCCGGCUCUCAGGGAAGCGCUUCCUCCCACAACUCAGCGAGCUGGGGACAAGGAGGAAAGAAACAAAUGAAGUGCGCACUAAAAGGAGGAAACAAUGAUUCGUGGAUGAAUCCUAUUGCCAAACAGUUUUCAAAUAUGGGAUUGCUGAAUCAAACUGAAGAUAAUCCAAGCAGCAAAAUGGAUUUGUCUGUAGGGAGCCUUACAGAUAAAAAAUUUGAUGUGGACAAGCGAGCAAUGAAUCUCGGGGAUUUUAAUGAUAUCAUGAGGAAGGAUCGAUCUGGGUUCCGUCCACCUAAUUCCAAAGACAUGGGAACCACAGAUAGUGGGCCUUAUUUUGAGAAGCUGACUUUGCCUUUCUCCAAUCAAGAUGGGUGCCUUGGGGAUGAGGCUCCCUGCUCUCCCUUCUCCCCUUCUCCCAGCUACAAGCUGUCUCCCUCUGGUUCCACACUACCCAACGUCAGCCUUGGAGCAAUCGGCACAGGGCUCAACCCCCAAAACUUCGCUGCUAGACAAGGUGGCAAUCAUGGUUUGUUUGGAAAUAGCACAGCACAAUCGAGAGGUAUGCACACACCAGUGCAGCCACUAAAUUCUUCUCCUAGUCUCCGGGCGCAAGUGCCUCCCCAGUUUAUUUCCCCCCAGGUUUCUGCCUCAGUGCUCAAGCAGUUUCCCAACAGUGGCCUGAAUCCAGGUCUUUUCAAUGUGGGGCCCCAGUUAUCUCCUCAACAAAUUGCCAUGCUGAGCCAGCUUCCACAGAUUCCCCAGUUUCAGUUGGCAUGUCAGCUUCUCUUGCAGCAGCAGCAACAGCAGCAGUUGUUACAGAACCAGAGAAAGAUUUCUCAAGCUGUGCGCCAGCAGCAAGAGCAGCAGCUGGCUCGAAUGGUGAGUGCACUGCAGCAGCAGCAGCAGCAGCAGAGGCAGCCGAGCAUGAAGCAUUCACCGUCUCAUCCCGUCGGGCCCAAGCCACAUCUGGACAACAUGGUACCCAACACUCUGAAUGUGGGGCUCCCAGACCUUCAAACCAAAGGGCCAAUACCUGGAUAUGGUUCCGGCUUCAGCUCUGGCGGCAUGGACUAUGGCAUGGUUGGCGGGAAAGAGGCUGGGACAGAGUCUCGCUUUAAACAGUGGACCUCCAUGAUGGAGGGACUGCCCUCUGUAGCCACACAGGAAGCCAAUAUGCACAAAAAUGGCGCUAUAGUGGCCCCUGGUAAGACCCGAGGAGGGUCACCAUACAACCAGUUUGAUAUCAUCCCAGGUGACACACUGGGUGGCCAUACGGGUCCUGCUGGUGAUAGCUGGUUACCUGCCAAAUCUCCACCAACAAAUAAAAUCGGAAGUAAAUCCAGCAAUGCCAGUUGGCCUCCAGAAUUCCAACCAGGAGUGCCAUGGAAAGGUAUCCAAAACAUUGACCCUGAAUCUGAUCCCUAUGUCACCCCAGGAAGUGUGCUGGGAGGUACAGCCACAUCUCCCAUUGUAGAUACUGACCACCAACUUCUGCGGGAUAACACCACAGGGUCUAAUUCUUCCCUCAACACCUCGCUGCCUUCACCUGGUGCCUGGCCCUACAGUGCCUCUGACAACUCCUUUACCAACGUUCAUAGCACUUCAGCAAAGUUCCCUGAUUACAAAUCAACAUGGUCCCCAGAUCCCAUAGGACACAACCCCACUCAUCUCUCCAACAAGAUGUGGAAAAACCAUAUUUCCUCAAGGAACACUACACCGCUGCCCCGCCCACCGCCUGGUCUGACCAACCCCAAACCAUCAUCUCCCUGGAGCAGCACAGCACCACGAUCAGUCAGGGGGUGGGGGACACAGGACUCACGGCUUGCCUCGGCCUCUACCUGGAGUGAUGGUGGUUCAGUUCGUCCUAGUUACUGGCUGGUUCUUCAUAAUCUCACUCCUCAGAUUGAUGGGUCAACCUUGAGAACCAUCUGCAUGCAGCAUGGCCCACUGCUGACAUUCCAUCUGAACCUAACCCAGGGCACCGCCCUGAUCCGAUACAGCACCAAACAGGAGGCGGCCAAGGCCCAAACUGCACUGCACAUGUGUGUGUUGGGAAACACUACCAUCCUGGCUGAGUUUGCCACUGAUGAUGAAGUUAGCCGCUUUCUGGCACAAGCUCAGCCCCCUACACCUGCAGCAACCCCAAGCGCACCCGCAGCAGGUUGGCAGUCGCUGGAGACCAGCCAGACCCAGUCAGAUCCCGUCGGACCUGCUCUGAAUCUUUUCGGUGGGUCCACAGGGCUCGGGCAAUGGAGCAGCAGUGCUGGCGGCAGCAGUGGGGCCGAUCUUGCUGGCGCUUCGUUGUGGGGGCCCCCAAACUAUUCUUCUAGCUUGUGGGGAGUCCCAACUGUGGAAGAUCCCCAUAGGAUGGGCAGCCCUGCUCCUUUACUACCUGGUGACCUUCUAGGAGGAGGGUCGGAUUCAAUCUGAACUUUGAACUUUCAACUCUGACCUCGUGACCUUUUUUGGAACAGCAGCAGCACUAACUUGACCUUUUCGUUUUUUUUUUCAACUUGCAAUAAAUACAUUUUUAAAAGGAAAAAAGAAAACGGAGAGAGAAAAAAAAAGGUGGGUCAUUGACAGACUGUCUGAGCACAUAGUUGCCUCCCUUAUAACUUCAGUUUUUUCGUUUGGAAUAUGAAUCCAAAAAGAGAACAUAUCACUCUUGAAAUACUUGAAUCAUGAACGCCAACCUAGAAAGACAAUGUGAAGCAAGUACACAUACCAUUUAAAUUUAAACACAAAAAAAUUAAAAAAAUUAGUUUCUAGUUUUUCACUUUUUUCAUGUUAUAUGGAAGUUGUUGCUAAGAAACAUAUAUACUGAAAAAUAGCUUUUUAACUUUGUUUGCACUGGGUGUGUUUCCGUCCUUAGGUCUACCAUGUUUGGGAGGGAGGGGAAUUCAAAAGAAUUGUUGGGGUGGGGGGAGGGAAGACUUGACGGAGCCUCACUUUAAAAACAAAAACAAAAAACCUAAAAAAAAAAAAAGGAAAAAUUUGUGAUUGGCUGGUUGAUAAAUACCAGUGUGUUCUGGCACAUGUAACUGCCCAGGCAUGCUCGUUCUGGUAUGUGUGUGCACGUGUGUUCAUGUGCAUUCGCGUGCAUCCUUCUUUCUGUCUCUGUGUGUGUGUGUGCCUGUGUCCUCUUCUGCCUCCUCCUCCUUCCUGACCCUGAUUUCUCAGAAAGCUGCGUUGCUGACAGUCCGUAGGCUGGCUGGCCGGCCAUCUGCUUUUUACUUUUAUUAUUAUUUUUUUUAACUAUGAGAACACACAAGCACGGAGAGCCACUGCUACUAAAGCAACUCCUGUGGGCUGCAUUAAAAUGAACAGAGUGCUUUUUAAUGAUGAAAGCAGAGAGCUCCUUUACAUUUGCAAAUUAGCCUGAGUGUGAGUUUUCUCUAGCUUUUCUUUUGACCUAGCAGUAGAGCGGAGCACUGCCAAGUCCAAAAAAUUAGGAGAGCAGGAGGUACCUCUGGGAGCAGCUGUGUGUUUAUUUAUUUCUGUUUUUUAAAACAAGUGGCCACUAGGCACAUCCGAAUCUCUGUUAAGUUUUACGCAGGCCUUUUCGUGACUUUGAAUGGGAACAGAUGAUAAGUUAGUUUUUAAUUAUGUGAUGUCUCGAAAGCAGAAAAUCUGUGUUCCCCUCCUUUCUUGUGUAAUCAGGUAUGAGAAAUUCAUCAGAAAGGUAAUGCUGAAUCCAACAUUUCUAUUCUCUUUUUCAUUUUAUGGAAACAGAAAAAAGUAAGUUGUGAGCAGCCUCCUGAAAGCAUCCGCAGCUCCUCCCUCUCUGCUCCUUUCUUGCUGAGCGUUACCUGUGCCAGGCCGUGGCGUGUUACAGCACCAGGCCAUCACUGACAGAAACGUUUACUUAACGAAUGUUCUUAAACCAGUGUGUACUUCAAGCGUUUCCUUUUGUUUCUCUGUGUUGUGUAUUUCCUGUGUAUGUGGUUUUGCUUAGGCAGGUAUAACUUAGCAAAGACUUUUAAGUAUUGCACCUUUUUUUGGUUUUGACCUCUUUUUUUUCCUUAUAAUGUUGCUUUUUUAUUUUGGUAUUUAAAGACUUUUUUUUUUAAAGCAUCAAUGUAGUAGUACUCUGGGCCGAAUAGGAGGCAUCUUUUAAUCCACAGUUAUCACCAACAUGUAUGUACUUAUGUUGGAAUCAAAAUGUAUCAAACUGCUUUUUGUGAAGUUAUAGCAGCCCUGAGGGGGUACCCCUUUAUACAAAGCAGAUGGCGGGUGGGGUGGGGGGAGGGGAGUCGUAUGCCGGUAAUGUGCUAGCACUUGUGUGGACAUCCCAAUCUGCAUUAUACUGUUUAACAUAAAGUGCCGACAUUCUGUACCAGCAAAUACCUGCCCAUUCCAACCCUUGGUGGGAGCAGACCUCUACUGUCCUCCAUAACUUGCUGCUAGUGAGGACAAAGGAGUUUUUCUUUCUUUAGCAUCUUCAGUGAAGGAUAUAACAAUGCCUAAUGUAUUUGACUUUUAGCUUGUGUAUUUGUGUAGGUGGGUGGGUGGGUAUGUAUAGGAAAAGGCAAAAACUCAUUCAAGUGGUUUUGUGAGACAAUGGGAAUUCUGUAGUCCUCUCGGCUUACCCUGUUGAUUAUAAACCUAGCCUCUAAAGAGAUUGACAUGCAUAAUUCAAGUGAGCAUUCGCUCAUACAAGUCUUUAUGCACCCUUCGUGGGUAGGUGGUCAAACUUGAGUUGCCAGCGUUGGUUUGGUCCCAUUGGAUGCCUUGUAGAAACUAACCGUGCCCUCCUCCUGCUCUCGGUUUUCAUCACCACCAUGCCCCUUCCACCUCUGCCCACGUACACAGUGUCUCCUCCCAGCCCCACUGACUGCUCUGUGUGAGGAGCAAAACCCUGCCAGGUGGCGAGCUCCAGGUGAAGAGCAGCUGUGCUCAGACAUCUCCAGAAGGCUAACUCUUAGCGGCCCUAGGCGAGGAGCACGUCCCGAGGCUCCGGAGAGCCAGUGGUGACCCCGCCGUUCUGGUUUCCUGCCGUGUCCUGCCCCACCUCUCCACCCUUCCAGCCUGUUGGUUCCUUGACCUGCACUAUGGGUUAGUUGAGUUCCUUACGAUACUACGGUGAAAGCCGGGUGCUAGAGCCCCUCUUGUUUACAAGACAUACUGAGGGAUUUGAAAUAUGUAAAAUUAGCAUGAGAAGCUAAAAUGUUCUUCCAUCAUAAGCUUAAAGGGAAAAAAUUUAAAACUUUUAAAAAAGACCAAAAAGUGCGUAUAUAUAUACAUAUAUAUAUACAUAUAAAUAUAUAUUUUAGAUGAAGACUAACUCUGGGAGCAUUUAACAGUGUUUUUUUGUUUUCGUUUUUAACAUUUAUUUUCCUGCUUUAAAAUUUGCAAGCAUUCUCAGGAAUUCUAGGGUAGGAAGCCAGUUUUUUGAAGAUGGGUUUAUUUAACCGUAUCUUAUCCUAGAUAGACAGCUGUUUCUUUCCUGUUAAUAAACUUUUACAAGUUCCUGAAACUUCAAAAAGUUUAAAAAAUUUUUACGUAAAAAAAUGUAAAAAGAGAAGUCUCCAAACGUUAUUGUCAUACUGGGGAAUCAUACCUUUUAAAACAUGUAGAAAUAAAUAUUUUUUAAAAUGAUCAAUUUAGCAGCAACAGGUAAAUUCAUUAUCUUUAAAAAUAUGGGAGAAGGAUUGAGCUUUAUAAGGGCUCUAUCACGGACUUGAUAUUGUGUGUAAUUUAAUUGGAGAGUGUUUGGUAUAUAUAAAUGGAAAUUCCAUCACUUUGUUCCUUUCCAUUUAAGACUGAACUGGAAUCUCCCCUACUAAUUUUUAUUUUUGUUAAAGGAACCCUUCUCCCUUCCCCCAGCCCUACCAACAAAAGAAAGGAAGAAAGAAAAAAACAACAGCUUAAAUAAAAGUAACUCUAAUCUGUAAAAUAGUACCGUUGGAUUGCUGAGAAUCUAUGUAAAGAGUUAGGAAAUAUAGGUUAAUAACUUUUGGAACAAAUUUUAAAUAUAGGCAUUACUAGAGGAAAAAUAUCUAUGGACUGUUCUAUUAAUGAAGAAUGUCUGUCUUACCUCCAUUUGUUAUGGCAGGAGGAGAAAAUAAUAGAAUCUAAUAAGGAACAAGUGAUUUUACUUUUUUUUGCUCCCAGCCACUGUUGUGCUCAUUUUAAAUGCUGUUUUAAAGAUCUGCUGCUUAACUAUCCCCGUCCCUCAGCCGGAGAGAUGCGGAGUGUUUCCUUUCAGUUUUGGGUGAAGUUGAAUUCUCCUUUUGUAUUCCCUCCUGGGGCCCGGGGUCAGAAUUCCCAAGCAUGACCACAGCUUCUUUUAAACAUCUAAGCUUCCCAGUGGGAAAGGAACUCCCACUCGACAGGUACAGGGAGUGGGUGGGGUUGCUGCCUGCAAUUUCUCUAAAACCGCGUUAGUGCCUUCGUACAUACACCCAGGCAUCCUAAGCAGGGGAACCCGUGUGUAUGUGCUUGUGGUCCAGACACUCCACGGACGUUAAGACGCUUGCCCAAUAAGGACAUUGGAGUGGUUCUGGACAGGCCCCAAAGGCAAUGGGCUAAAUUUAAAGUAAAUAAACAGAAAUCAAGGAAGUUAAAUAUGCUUUAUGUCUGGAAAAUGCGGAAUGCCAAGGUCCUUCCUUGUGUCGAUGCCCUCGGUUACUGGGCAUUGACUUCUCCAGGUGUGUCAGUGUGACCGCGAGAAUGAUUUGGGAAGUCUCCGUGUCAGGCCAGUAGAAAGGGGUUCGUAUUGUUCUAUUCUUGUCCUUCCUCUCCUCCCUUUCCCUGCCCUUUUCCUUUUUUUCUUUUAUCAACUUGCUGGAAGCUUUGCUUUUUAUUGGUUGGCAGUGUUUUAAGAACAGGAUAUGGUGAGAUGUAAUGGAAGAGGAAGACUCUGCGUUCCAUGGUAUUCUUUGGCAAGAGCCACGUCUGCUGAGAGGAUAUGCGGCUUCAAAACACUUUAGAAAAUUCAGUGGGAGUGUCUUCUCCUCCACUACAUUCUGGCAUGUGUGCAGAGGCUCGCUAGUCACCUCUCAUUACAUCAAUUUGCUUUAUAAACAUUCUGAUCAUGUAAAUUUGAGCUUUCCAAUUUUUUACUAGUUCCCCUUUAUUUCUUUAAACACUUAUUACUAGUGGCUAGAGGUGUCCAUCUCUCAAACAUCACAAACUUGGUUUCUGUCUACCACAUGAGUAGCCAAAACGAAAGCAGCACUAGUAGGGGAAGGGAUGUCUUCAUCCGACUGGGGACCUCUGCUGGCAAUUGAGAUCCAGUGCCAUUACCUAAUUUUAGGUGUUGCUGUUUUUUUUAAAAAAUAGCAAAGUUCUUAUCUCCAAGACACUGUGAAAAAGUGGAUGUGGCAUCUCUGAUCCCUCAGGCCCUAGCCCUUGGUAUUUUUCAUUUACGACAGUCACAGAAGUUAACCAGCAGUGCCGCCGUUAAAGCCCCAAACAGAAUUCUUUCAUCAGUGCCCUCCCGUAAAUCAGCAUUACCCAUAGCCAUUCAAUUUGUUUUAUUUAUAGCAGUUUGCUUUUCUAUUACGAUGGCUCCUGUUCUAAGAACUCUCCCACCUCUUCUGACAUGAAUGUAGCACAAAUUAGCAGUUGGUUCUUCCAAGUUCCUGUGGGUUGACUGUGGUGUAUAAGAUAUGCAACAAAAAAGAACGGAAAAUAAAUUCCUGCCUAAGAAUUUGGAAGAGCUUUUACUAAUACAUCUAGCAGAAACUAAAAUUUCACAGGCUAUUAACUUGUUGCAAAUAUUCACUCUCACUUUCACCACUUUUUGGGAGAGAGAGGGGACAGUUUUUGUAGAGUUAACAGCCAGAUUCCAUAUCGACCUCAGAUGCUGUGUACUUUUUAAUUUUAUUUUUUUAUAUUCUGGCAUCUUGACUCUCUAAACAGAAUGAAUACGUCUGUGUGCUGAGCAAAAUGUUGCAGCCAAGCCUGUUUUCUUUGCAGUGCAAACAGGAUGUUUUCAGCAGACUUGGCUGUGACAGCCAUCUCUAAGAUUAGGGAACAAUUGAGUCUUUAUGUAAAAAAGGUCCCCUUCUCCCCCGUCCUCAGCAUUCAGAUUCAACAUAUGACACUUUGUAGGUUGUUGUUUUGGAGGGUUUUUUUCUUUUGUUUUAAUUAUCUAUAAGAUCUUUAGGAGUAGAGAUCUAUUUUUAACUGUUAAAAAAUUAUCAAACUUUUCUUCUCCAGUAUUUUUGCCAAGUUUUUGUCAACACUUCCUGUCUAUGCAUUAACUACACUUCUUAGUGUUAUUGCAAAAAGGAAUCUUAUUGUUUUCCCUUCUAUGAGUGUACAACAACCAGGCCGCAUGCGAUAGUGC